GAAUAUCUCCUGGCGCCACAAACCCUAGCUUUCCCUUUCUCCGCUGCACCCAAGUUUUCUCGUUCAUUCAUUCACCAUGGGUACGGAGAGGAAGCGGAAGGUUAGCUUGUUCGACGUUAUGGAAGAUCCAUCGGCGAAGAACAACAAAUCCAACGUUCUCGGAGCUGCUUCGGCGGCGGCUGGUAUCAACAAAUGGAACGGGAAGCCUUACUCGCAGAGGUACUACGAUAUUCUCGAGAAGAGGAGAGAUCUUCCCGUUUGGCUGCAGAAAGAUGAGUUUCUCCGCACGUUGCAAUCUAGCCAGACGCUGAUCCUCGUCGGUGAGACUGGGAGUGGUAAAACUACUCAGAUUCCACAGUUUGUUUUAGAUGCCGUUGAGGCUGAGAACACAAAUAAGCAUAAGAAAUGGUUAGUUGGCUGCACGCAGCCUCGUAGAGUCGCUGCAAUGUCUGUUUCUCGUCGUGUUGCUGAUGAAAUGGAUGUUGCCAUUGGAGAAGAAGUUGGUUACAGCAUCCGUUUUGAGGACUGUAGUGGCCCUCGUACUAUGCUCAAAUAUUUGACUGAUGGUAUGCUGUUGAGAGAGGCAAUGGCGGAUCCGCUUCUAGAGAGAUACAAAGUUAUUAUUCUCGACGAAGCUCACGAAAGAACUUUGGCUACUGAUGUUCUCUUUGGUCUUCUCAAAGAGGUUUUGAGGAACAGACCUGACCUUAAGCUAGUUGUGAUGAGUGCAACCUUGGAAGCUGAAAAGUUUCAGGAGUAUUUUAGCGGUGCUCCUCUUAUGAAAGUCCCUGGUAGGCUUCAUCCGGUUGAGAUAUUCUACACACAGGAGCCUGAGAGGGACUAUCUUGAAGCUGCGAUAAGGACCGUUGUUCAGAUACAUAUGUGCGAGCCGCCUGGAGAUGUUCUUGUUUUCUUAACUGGAGAGGAGGAGAUUGAAGAUGCCUGCCGUAAAAUCAAUAAAGAGGUCAGUAACCUUGGAGAUCAAGUGGGACCUGUCAAAGUUGUGCCAUUAUAUUCUACUCUCCCACCUGCGAUGCAGCAGAAGAUUUUUGACCCUGCACCCGAGCCAUUAACAGAAGGUGGUCCUGCUGGUAGAAAGAUCGUUGUCUCAACCAACAUCGCUGAAACGUCUUUAACCAUUGAUGGGAUUGUUUAUGUUAUUGACCCUGGUUUUGCCAAGCAGAAAGUCUAUAACCCACGGAUCCGUGUUGAGUCGUUGUUGGUGUCCCCAAUAUCAAAGGCAAGUGCUCACCAGAGGUCAGGUCGUGCUGGUAGAACUCGCCCUGGAAAAUGUUUCAGGCUCUACACAGAGAAGAGUUUCAACAAUGAUCUGCAGCCGCAGACGUAUCCUGAGAUUUUGAGAUCAAAUCUUGCUAAUACUGUCUUGACAUUGAAAAAGUUGGGUAUAGACGACUUGGUGCACUUUGAUUUCAUGGACCCUCCUGCUCCUGAGACAUUGAUGAGAGCAUUAGAGGUUUUGAAUUAUCUGGGAGCGUUGGAUGAUGAAGGUAACUUGACAAGGACUGGCGAGAUAAUGAGUGAGUUUCCCUUGGAUCCACAGAUGUCAAAGAUGCUCAUUGUCAGCCCUGAGUUCAACUGUUCAAAUGAGAUUCUCUCAGUUUCUGCAAUGUUAUCAGUACCGAAUUGCUUUGUUCGGCCUAGAGAGGCUCAAAAAGCAGCAGAUGAAGCAAAAUCUAAAUUUGGACAUAUUGAUGGAGAUCACCUGACGCUUCUGAACGUGUACCACGCCUACAAGCAAAACAAUGAAGACCCAAACUGGUGUUUUGAGAACUUUGUGAACAAUAGAGCAAUGAAGUCUGCAGACAAUGUGAGGCAGCAGCUAGUGAGAAUAAUGUCGAGGUUUAAUCUCAAGAUGUGUAGCACGGAUUUCAACAGUCGUGACUACUACGUCAAUAUCAGAAAGGCCAUGCUGUCUGGUUAUUUCAUGCAGGUGGCUCACCUAGAACGCACUGGCCAUUACUUGACCGUCAAAGAUAACCAAGUGGUUCACUUGCAUCCAUCCAAUUGCCUGGAUCACAAACCGGAGUGGGUGAUUUAUAAUGAAUAUGUCUUGACUACUCGCAAUUUCAUUCGCACUGUUACAGAUAUCCGCGGUGACUGGUUAGUAGAUGUUGCACCGCAUUACUAUGAUCUUUCCAACUUCCCCAACUGUGAAGCAAAAAGAGUCCUUGAGAAGCUUUACAAGAAGAGAGAGAGGGAAAGGAACGAGAGCAAGAACCGAAAGUGAAGAGUCAAAUCACGAAGGCAAGAAGAAUCUCUUUGUCAUAAGAUUAUGUUUUGUGUAAGCUAUGUUGGAUACUUGGUCGUUUGUUUCUGUUACAAUGAAAGAAUCUUGCAUUACUCAAAACUUUCGUUCUAAAAUCUUUAUGUAUUUGAUAUUACAAAAGCUCUGUUUCACAGCGGCUCUAUUCAAUCCAGCUACUAGCGUCUUGUUUCU